AGAGCUAGUAUUACACAAAGUUGUUUGGGUGCAUGCCAGUGAGUCUCAAGGUGCUUUACCUGCAUCACAAGGUUUGUGACUUCAUGGAUGUUUCCCUGUCCAGCCUGUAUGUUUACAAACCAAUUGGCAAUCAAUCAACCUUUAAUUUUACACGUUGCAUUGUAAAUGAUUUAAGCACAGGGCUUUUAAUAAACCAUUAACCAUAAUGGUUUACAAUGGUUUCACUUGUUUUCAAGGACUGUUUAGUAAUUUGAACUAUGUUAACUUGCAAAUAUACUGAAAAUAUGACGUGCAAAUAGAGUAUAUGCAUGUGUGCUCAUCGUACAAAUAUGCAAAAACAUCAUGAAAGUCCCCAGAUCUCCAUGCAGCGUAAUAUCCGAAGCACAAACUGGUCAGUUGACAUUUUACCAGCAUGCUAUCUCGACAUGUGAACUUGCAAUGCAUUUUUAACGUAAGAUUCCCCAGUAUUUUUACUUCAGCCUCUUGAUGCAGCUGUAACACAACAUGAAAUUAAGGUCUCUUAUCACAGAUAACUGAUAAUAAUAAUGACUUCCAAUGGGAAUGUAUUCUUAAUUAAGCCCACCAGGGAAUGAAUGGUCUGUUCAUUUUCCAGAGAACUUCACAACUGCAAAACUUGCAUUUUACCCGACCCAAGGCAAUAAAGACCUUAUAUAAGGAGUGUACAAAUGUAAUAAAAUUAAUGGCUUUUAAAUUAAUAAAGUUACAUUUCAGCAGAACAAAGAUCAAAUAAAAAUUCAUUGUGAAGAUUUCAGAGCCAUAGCAACUUUAAGAUGUUCUUUAAGACUAGCCUUUCACAACUAGCCUUAUAAAAAAAAAAGGCAAAACUCAUUAUAAGAGCAAUAAAAAAAUAACCUUGUAAGCAUGCAAUGAAAAGCAAUGCCAAGAGAUAUAAAAUAUCUCUCUCAUUCUAAUGUUGCCAUAAGGUAUUAGUAAAAAGAGUGCUUCAGAAAUAUUAUUUCAACUUUCCUCAGGGUAAAGCUUCUCCUGGUGCUUAACAAAAAAUAUUGUGUUUGAGGACAUCAUUAUGUGCAUUUCUUUCUUUUAGAUCAGGUCCCAGAUAUAUUUCUAGUUCAUAAGACAUGAGAAAAACUGCAAAACCUGUGUAAUCAAGAUCAGCCUACAUGUAAGGGAAUGUAUUUCUAUGCUUGUUUUAAAAUAACUGACACAAAAUGUGUUGAAUAUUUAAGAUACUUUUAUCUACCAGCAAGUAAUUUUUAAUUCAGUAUAUAAAAAAGAUCAGAUGAUUUUUUUUAUUCCUCUGCAAUUUGCCUAGUAACAACUCAGGAACAAACACCAAGCUCUGAAACCUGCAGUCACAUCUUCCUGUGACAGUGUUACUUCAGUCACAUAAGAUCAGUAGCAUCAGAGGAAGUAUUGUUUUAAAGAUGCAGCUAAGACUGGAUUAAAUAAAUGCUUCUGAGGAACACCUUACAGUAAUAUUUUAAUAGCUUACAUAUACAGGCAAUAUGUAGAAACAGUGGACCAGAGUAGAUGGAAAGAUGAAAUGUGGAUGAAAGGCUCUGGCGCCAUCCAGUGUAUUAAAAGGCGCUGAGCAUGGUGUGUAGGCUAUUGCAAAAAAUAUGGAUCACUUGACAUAAACGAAACUUGAAAUAAAAACAUAGGCCUACAUACCAGUGCCUUCCAUUUAUUUUACUGUCUAUGGUGCCAUCGUGUGUGUGAUGGAAAGUCCGACUCAUUUCAGCUGAUCGGUUCUUUUGAACAAUUUCACAGAACCGGUUCGCUGAUUCAUUUUAUGUUGUACGUGUCUACGUAAUCACGUUUCCGAGAUAGCGCAGGCGGACUUAUGUAGGCACAAAUCGCUGUUUAUUAAUUUUUUUUGUUUUAUUUUCAAGAAUGUUUGUUGUUCCUAAGCCCAAAUUCAGUCGCAUCAAUGAUUUAGUUCCGAAACAUAGAUUCAUCUUCUUGUCUACAAAACUGUACAAAAUUGCUUUGUCUGAUAAAACAUAUUCAUGCAAUCACGUGAUACAAAUAUUUCUACGUUUUAUUUUUCACAUUUUGGAAAUUAAUCUAUUAGGGUUCUUGGCUCAUUACAAGCAGGACGAUUGAAGUUAUUCAGUCUCAUUCAUAAAUGAAUCAUUCAACCGCCCAAACGGUUUUGUGGAGUCAUUAAAAAGAUUCGACUAAAAAGAAUCAGAUUUCUUUAGUGUAGUGGGCGUUGUAAUCUGUGUAAACAGAGCGUGUAUUAGGCUAUUCAAGCACAAGAAAAAACAACGGCGUAUAUGCAUUCCGCUUUUCAUGACUUCUUGGUUUUUGUUCUUUUUUUGAUGCCAGGUUCUCUGGAUAUGGGCUAAAUGUUAUGAAAGCUGUCGAUACAUAACUAUAUAAAAUGGGUUCGACGAACUCCACCCUGUUAAAAAUACCUAACGUCGAGGUGCUGAUGCAAGAGACGGGCUGUUUUAUUGGUAACUCUCUGGCGCAUGAUCACUAAGAUGAAGCAUAUCGGGUACAAAUUCUGGUUGCAUGAGCAUAAACAGUCCUUGACAGUGACAGGUGUUGUUCAGUUAAUAUGAAUUUACUUUCCUUUUGCAAACCAAUGAAUGUUCCUCUAAUACAUUGCACAAAAAGAAUUUAAAAUAGAAAUGCACUAAUGAAUUUAAGUGAAGCUGGUUGAAGAGGAGAAUUUUUUAAAUGGUCAGUUCAGUUUGUUUGAUCCACUUGGGACCUCAUUUGUUGAGUCAUGAUUCUGCAGGGCUACAGUGAAACAUUUUCAUAAUUAAUGUGAUUUCCAGUCAAUUUAAUGUCUUUUCCAGUCUCGCCUGCCCACAUUAUUCGCCUCCAUGAUCGCUUCAAAGCUCUGGAUAAAGAAGGACGAGGUCAUCUCUGUCCCCAGGAUUUUGGAGCCAUAAAGGAGUUGGCAAUGAACCCCAUAGGAGACAGAAUAAUAGGUGCAUUCUUCUCCCCAGGGAAGGAAACGGUGGACUUCGACACUUUUGUGAAGAUCCUGGCUCAUUUCCGGCCCGUUGACAAGGACCGACCCAAAGAGCUCAAUUCUCCUGAGCCCAUCAAUAGCAGGAGCAACAAACUCAGAUUUGCAUUUCAGUUGUAUGACCAAGACAAAGAUGGCAAGAUUUCCAGAGAUGAGCUUUUACAGGUUCUCCGGGCCAUGCUGGGGAUGCAGGUGACAGAGGAGCAGCUGGAGAGCGUAGCAGACCGCACUAUACAGGAAGCAGAUCUAGAUCGUGAUGACGCAAUCUCUUUUGAGGAGUUUCGUAAGUCUCUGGAGAAGAUCAACAUUGACAAUUUGAUGAGCAUUCGCUUCUUGCGCUAGAGCAUCAUGGGAAAGCUUGUACAUCAACCUUAUACGCAUCUAUCUCCGAGCCUCAGAAAACGGAAGGGUGUCUGAAAUGCCCAGGACAGUAUGAUGGGAUCAAUGUUUGUCUGUCUAAAAUGAAUUUAAUACACUGGUAGUGUCUGCAUAUAAACUGCACACUGACAAAUAAUAUAAAGUUUACCGAAGUAGUGUUGGGUCAGUAAAAUCUUACCGACCCCUGUAGAUUUUUGCAUUCUGUUUCUUGAUAUUGAAUACAUUUUAAAGAAUUGAUUAGUUAAUUUUGUAGAUAAUUCUAACUAGCUGGAAAGCAUUUGUAAUAAUGUUCAGAAUGCAUAGUGUUGAAUUGUUAUAUAUCCCUAUAUAUGGGGGAAAAGGUUUUGUUUUCCUCUCUGUGAAGUGUGACAAUCUCAAGAUAGGAUUUCCCAAGGUUUAUUAGAUGUAUACACUUUCAUCUCAGUAGAGAUUUUGUAGCAUCUUGGUUGCAUGAUGCUUUCCAUACAUUUUGUUUAUGUAUGUAAAUUUAUCCUGAAUCCUGAUAGAAACUGAUUUUUUUUCUGUCAUUUACGUCUCAAAAAAUGUGUUAUUCUUUCAGUGCAGGUAUGCUUCAUGCAAUUUUACCUACAAGUGAGAAGAAAGGCUACCUCACCUGACUGCACUUAUGCAUGCUGUACCAAAACCACUAAAAAAGCUUUUUUCAUCUUUAUAUGAAAUGCAAGUGAAUGAUAUUAAAUCAUUUUGCACAAUA